GAAAGAGAGGAGAUCAGACACAGAAACAAAUAAGAACUUUUGUUUUAUUAUAUUCCGAGAAUGAAUAUUGCAGGUAUUGUUCCAACGUUGCAUGAAGCUAUUGCUCCGACUUUCCAUGGCGAGUGGAUCAAGGUAGAGCAAAAAGGAAAGGGACCAGGACCGAGAAGUUCUCACGCCAUAGCCGUGGUAGGAGACAAGUUGUACUCAUUUGGUGGCGAGUUAACAUCCAAUGUCCCCGUCGACAAAGACCUUUACGUCUUUGACCUCAACACCCACACUUGGUCAGUCGCUCCUGCCACCGGAGACAUUCCAACACUCAGUUGCUUAGGCGUCGCCAUGGUAGCCGUUGGAUCUACACUCUACGUUUUCGGCGGCCGUGAUGCGUCCCGAAAGUACAACGGGUUUUACUCGUACGACACAGUGAAAAACGAGUGGAAACUUGUGACGGGGGUCGAGGAAGGACCUGAGGCUCGUAGCUUCCACUCUAUGGCUUCGGAUGCGGAGAACGUGUACUUGUUUGGUGGGGUGAGCAAAACCGUGAGGCUCAAGACGCUUAACACGUUUAACGUUUCUGAUGAGAAAUGGGUCCAGCUUCCGACACCGGGUGAUUCUUGCAAAGAAAGAGGAGGAGCAGGUCUAGUUGUGGUUCAAGGGAAGGUAUGGGUGUUUUACGGGUUCUACGGAGACGAGUGUGAUGAUAUCCAUUGCUUUGAUGUGGAUCGAAACGUGUGGACUAAAGUCGAGACUACUGGGGAGAAGCCUUCACCGAGGAGCGUUUUCGCGAUUGCGGCUGUUGGGAAACAUGUCAUUGUAGUUGGAGGUGAGAUCGAGAUGGACCCUCAGGCCCAUGUUGGUCCUGGGAAGUUGUGUGGCAAAGGUUUCGUGUUGGACACGGAAACGCUGGAGUGGAAGAAACUGGAAGAUGGUGGAGGGGAGGCACCAACUGAACCGCGUGGGUGGUGUGCAUCGACAGCUGCGACGAUCAAUGGAAAGAAGGGGAUGCUGAUGUUUGGUGGGAAGGCUCAGACCAACAACCGCUUUGAUGAUCUUUACUUCUACUCGGUGAAAGAGCUUAACCCUCUCAUCAAUGUUCGUGUUGGACUUGGAUUAUUUUAAUCUCAUAAGGAGAUUUGUCAGAGACCGAGAGUUGGUGUAAAAUACCUAAGAAUAAUGUGUCUCUGCUUGUGGUUUUGAAGUCUGGUGUGAUCAAAACAUCAAAGUCUGUUUUUUUUUUUAAGUAUUGAAUAAUGUGGGAGUCUGUUUGUGGUUUGAAGUAUUCUGUAAGUUUGUAACUGAAACGUCAAAGUCUGUAUGUAAUGAAUAAUGUGUGUCUCUGCUUGUGGUUUGAAAUA